UUAAUCAUGGAGUUGGAAAAUUGUCAUGGAUAUCUUGAAAAUGGAUCCAAAAAUGACGAUCAAAGUGGGCCAAAAAAAUGGUACAGGCAGGCUAGUCAAAGUGAGUUAUUUAAAGAGUUGAAACACUAGUGCAAUUAUUGAACGGAUUGAUUGGUCAACACUCACAAUCAUCUAGAAAUUGAUUAGAAAGCAAAGUACAUUUCAAUUUUUGGAAGCUGCUACAUUACUGGAAACAUCUUUAUUAGCAUCUGGGAAGCUAAAAGACAUGAAUUCCUGUGCAGAAGAGAAAUUUCAAUCACACUAUGACAACCUACAUUCCAAUUCUUUUAUGAUGGAUGAACAGAAUAUGAAUAAUAGAAAUGAUCAGGAUCUGAUCAGCUGGGUUGAUGGCAUUCGAACUCCUUACAAGAGAGAACUUGGUCACAGAAUCUUCGUUAAUAGAAGUCUCCACUUGGAGAACAUCAAGUUUUAUGGAUUCGACAUGGAUUAUACUUUAGCCGAGUACAAAUCUCCCCAAUACGAGCAGUUAGGAUUUGAACUACUAAAAGAACGUCUAAUAUCACUAGGUUACCCCCAUGAAAUCCGUGCAUUUGAAUACGAUCCAAGUUUUCCAGUUCGAGGUCUGUGGUUUGAUACACUUUAUGGAAAUUUAUUAAAAGUUGAUGCUUAUGGUAACAUUCUGGUAUGCGUUCAUGGAUUUGAAUUUCUUAAACACUCUCAAGUAUACGAGUUGUAUCCAAAUAAAUUCCUUCAACUGGAUGAAUCUCGAGUAUAUGUUCUGAAUACAUUAUUUAACCUUCCGGAAACAUAUCUUCUCGCUUGUCUGAUUGAUUUCUUCACGAACUCGCCUCGAUACUCACGAGAGAAGGAAGGAGUGAAGGAGGGUGAAUUGACAAUGAGUUUCAAGAGUAUUUUUCAAGAUGUUAGAAAUGCUGUUGACUGGAUUCAUAUUCAAGGUGAUCUCAAGACUAAAACUAUCGAAAAUCUUGAUAAAUAUGUGAAGAAAGACGAGAGAUUACCCAUGUUUUUAACUAGAAUCCGUGAGAGUGGAGCUAAAGUUUUUCUUUUAACUAAUAGUGACUAUAAUUUUACAAAUAAAAUUAUGACUUAUCUUUUUGAUUUUCCUCAUGGAGCAAGACCUCAUGAACCUCACAGAAACUGGAGGACUUAUUUUGACACAAUUGUGGUAGAUGCCAAUAAACCUUUAUUUUUCAGUGAAGGUACUAUUUUACGUCAGGUUGAUACGAAAACAGGCGCCUUAAAGCUAGGAACACACAGAGGCCCACUCCAUACCGGUGAAGUUUAUUCCGGUGGAUCGUGUGAUGUAUUUACAGAAAUGAUUGGAGCUAAAGGAAAAGAUGUGCUUUAUAUUGGAGAUCAUAUUUUUGGUGAUAUUUUAAAAAGUAAAAAAAUUCGGGGAUGGAGAACAUUUUUGAUUGUUCCUGAACUGGUUCAAGAACUUCACGUUUGGACUGAUAAGUGUCAAUUAUUUGCAAAACUCCAAAGUCUUGAUGUAAUGCUUGGAGAAAUGUACAAAAACUUAGACAGUAGUACUCACGAAAAGCCAGAUAUUUCAAAACUUCGGGCUUCCAUCAGAGAUGUGACUCACAAGAUGGAUUUGGCGUACGGUAUGAUGGGUUCACUCUUCAGAAGUGGAAGCAGGCAAACAUUCUUCAGCAGCCAAGUUGUUCGAUAUGCUGAUCUUUAUGCUGCUACCUUCCUUAAUCUCAUUUACUAUCCAUUUUCCUACAUGUUCCGAGCACCUGCGAUGCUGAUGCCUCACGAAAGUACGGUAGCUCAUGAACAACGAUUUGUUAUGGAAACCCCAAUGAUCAGUCGUUCUCGUACAUUCAAACUUACUGAGGAGGAUGAAGAAGUAAAUAAUAUCGCUGCUAAAACUUUGGAAGUAGAUCACAGCAGUGCAAUUCCUCAUGCCAGGCCAGAAACACCUCGCAACGUUACUCACACUCACGACGAAGACUGCAGUGACGAAGACAGUGAUUCUCAAAAACAAAAUGCUUCUCGGUCAUCCAGGAAAGCAGAAUGUAAUUAAUAUAUUGAAUAUACCGAUAGAUAACUAGAAUAAGAAUCAUAUGAAGUUUCCUGUACGUAAUAUAAACUAUCCAGAUUGUUUGAGAGAGUAAAUAAUUUGUUCUUACCUCAAACAUGAGUUUAAUAGGAACGUAAAAAGAGACUGAAGUAAAAAGAACCAUUUAGGUAGUCAAGAAUUUUCUUGAAUAAUUAAAUAUAGUUUGUUGAAGUGGUUCUCUCAAUACAUUUAUUACAACUUGUUACUCAUUUAAUGAUUCUUGCUCGGAAUUCUUUUGAAUAUUCAAUAUUUUACCAGAAACUUGUUAAUUUUUGUCGCCUACUUAUAUUAAUAACGUUACAUUUAUUGUAAAUAUCUUCUUCAUUGAUUAAUUAUUGUCAAUUUAAUCCAAAGUACAACGAAUCCUAACAUUUUCAUUAGUUGAGAAUUAAAUUUAAAUAAAAUAAAACAGGUUUGACGUGCCUAAAUAAUAAUUGUAGUAAUAAUAAAUAUAUCAAUAAUGAUUUUAAUGAUGACAGUCAUGGAUUAUGUUAUAAUCAGUGUUUCAUUAUUAAAAUCAUUAUUUAAUUAUUGUUUUCGUCAGACUCACUGAUUGAUUGAGUCUACUCAGAUUGUUCUUGCUCACAUUUAUCACGUUCAAGCCGACAAUACUAAUAAUUAUAUCUUGAUAAUAUUAUUUAUCAUAAAUAUUUUAUGUAUAUAAAUUACAAAUAUUCAAAUCUGGUAUAUUAGUAGAUUUAUACAUAUAAACUCUGUGACCAAUAGAUGUUCGUUCAUCUUGAUUUUUGAAACAAUAGCCAUGAAUGAAAAAAUGAAAUAAUUCGCACAAGAGACUUUUUAAAAUAUUUAAAUGUUGAAAACCGUUUAAAAAUUGCUAGGUAAUUGAAUAAUUAAUACCUAUGAAUAAUAAUGAAUCUUAGAGGCUGAGAUGAACGAGCUUGAGCAUUUUAAAAACUUUUUAAUGUAGAACUAGUCUUUUUUCUAUGAGAUCAUUAGAAAUUAUAUCAACAAAUUAUAAAAUUAUAUUAUUGACCGUGAUAGUUAAAUUGACAUAAGAAACUAACAUUUUUAUUAAUUGAUUAAAUGCUUAAAUUUGAUAUUUUAAGUGAACAAAUUAUGUUCAUUACCAGAAAGAUUAUUUGUAAAUACAAACUAUCUUUGUUGUUCGCACAAUUGGAUAAAACUUCUUAUUGAAAUAAAAACAAAUUAAA